AUGGCCAUAAUCCAUCUUUGCCAGCACACCUGCCACCCUUUUGACUGUUCUGAUGUGUAUGAAGAAGGAAUCACCUCAGAUGGGGUUUAUUUAAUAUACCCUGCUGGACCUUACUCCAACCCAGUCUCUGUAUACUGCGACAUGAGCAGCUCAGGAGGGCCCUGGACAGUAUUUCAGAAAAGAUUUGACGGCUCUGUGAACUUUUUCCGAGGUUGGCGGGAAUAUCAGUCUGGCUUUGGACAAGCAAACAAAGAAUAUUGGUUGGGUUUGCACAAUAUUUACCUUCUCACCCUGACUAAACCAAGUUGGCUCCGGAUUGACCUGGAAGAUUUUGAGAACAAUACGCGUUUCGCGACCUACAAGGAUUUCUCUCUUUCUCGCUUUGCCAUCUCCCCCGAGGAGGAUGGAUACAGACUGAAUAUUGCUGGAUUUGAGGAGGGCGAUAAAUCUAAUCCAAUAGGGGAUUCGUUCGGGUGGCAUAAUGGGAUGCCAUUUUCCACUUUUGACAAUGAUAGAGAUAAUACCACAGAGAACUGUGCAAACAGCUAUAAAGGAGGGUUUUGGUAUCGCCAUUGCCAUGCCUCUAACCUCAACGGCAGAUAUUUAGGAGGCCACAACAACCAGUACGCUGUGGGUCUUGUGUGGAACAGCUGGAAGGGACACAACUAUUCCCUGAAACGGAGUGAAAUGAAGAUAGCACGGUCUAAACCGUAA